UCCACACAGUAACAAAACCCCCGCACACGACCGAUAUCCAGUGCACACAGCGGCAACAUAAAUUCUCUUGAUUCCCAAACCGGCUGGGUAUGUACAGGCCAUUUCACUGCAUUUGUACACACAUAUUAUAUUUAUCGGGGAAAUUACUCCACACACCAUCGACCAACAUAUAUUUAUGGACGCUGUAUCCCGUGUAAAUCGCCCAGAGGAUUAGUUAUUAUGGAUUAUGUCUAAAUGGAUACAUGCCAUUUACCGGCUACAUUAUGGGAUUACGCACAAGGAUACCGGCUGCGGGGACAGCAACGCAUUAAUCCACAACAUUACCCGCAUCUCCAAUGCCGCUACGGCAUCAUCCGGACGCUGAGUCCUCGCCACUGCAAAGGUCACUGCUCUUGUUAAUCUGUCCGGUCGUCGCCGUUGUCACCGCCGCCAUCAUUCUCUCCCGCCUCGCCUGCACCGCACCGACGACCAUCCCCCGUCAGCCGGAUGUCGUCCGGGCCGGCAUUGAUCGGCAGGAUUGUUCUGGUUUGUGAUGGAAUUGCGCGCUAUUGUGCAGGCACUGAUUGUCGGCAUAAUAUUACUCGGCUACUGCUAUGAUCAAUGCGCGGCUUCGGAGGACGAGGAACGGCUUGUUAGGGAUUUAUUGGCCAGAUAUAAUCGAUUAGUGCGUCCGGUCACCCAUAUGAACGACACAGUCCAUGUGCGGUUUACCUUGAUAUUGUCAUUGCUCAUUAGUGUGCAAGAAAAGGAACAAGUGAUGAAAACUAAUGUUUGGUUAGAAUUUAAAUGGAAGGAUCCUCAGAUGGUAUGGGAUCCGGCAAAUUACGGCGGGGUGACGACCAUCCGGCUGCCGGUGGAUAAGAUCUGGAUACCGGAUGUGGUCCUAAUCAACAAGUAAGUGCGCACUGCACCUUCCGGCAUGAUUGUCCAUUCGUGCGGACGGAAAAUGCUGUGGCUGCCUCCUUCCAUUUACAAAUCGACUUGUGAUAUUAAGGUGCAUAACUUUCCUUUCGAUGAGCAAAUCUGCGAUAUGAAAUUCCAGUCAUGGACGUAUAACGCCGACGAGGUCAACUUGGACUUCCGCGAGGAUACCAACCGGCUGGUGGACCGCUCCGGCUACCAGAGCGGCACAUGGGACCUGGUGAUGGCCAUCGGUUUCCGCAACACCUACCGCAAAAGCGACAAAGACCCCAACAUGGUGGACAUCACCUACAAGAUCAUUAUCCGCCGCAAGACCCUCUUCUACACCAUCAACCUGCUAAUCCCCACCGUACUGGUCAGCUUCCUCUCCGUGCUGGUCUUCUAUCUGCCGACGGCGGCCGGUGAAAAGGUCGCCCUCUCCAUCUCUAUUUUGCUCACCCUUAACGUCUUCCUCCUGCUGGUGUCUAAACUGUUGCCGCCGGCCGAGCAGUUGCCCCUCAUCGGCACCUACCUUCUCUUCACCUUCCUGAUGAAUCUUGUCUCCAUUGUCGUCACGGUCAUCACGAUCAAUAUCAAUUUCCGCAGUCCCAAGACGCACACCAUGCCCACGUGGAUCCGGCGGGUGUUCCUGGGGUGGUUGCCGGUUAUCCUGCUCAUGCGCCGCCCUAAGAAACCCAAGCGCUCCACACCGUACCGCUACGCCAAGCCGGAAGAGGGCAACCACACCGGCGGACGGAUGCCGGGGGAUCUGCAGCAUCAGCGGACAACGUACGCCCGAAGUGCCUCACCCGGUCCGCCGUCGUCGUCGGCCGCGGACCGCGGAAUGUAUGAUGCCAUGGAGAUGGUGGAGUUCCGCUCCACAGUACGCCACGCCACUUUGCCGCCGGUGGGGACCGCGGGCGGCCCGUCGACCAGUAACAGUAUGCCGGGGUUCGCCACGCGGCGCUCCUUCGCGCAGCGCACCGCGUCGGAUCAUUAUCUGGCGCGGCAUGACAGCGAGGACAACGAGGAGAUUAGCCUCAACUCACCGGAUGCGCGCCUCGUUACCAGCUCGAUUGAGUAUAUUGUGGAGUAUCAUCUGCAGAAUGAUGCCAUUCAAGAGGUGGAAGAUGAUUGGAAAUACGUGGCCUUAGUGGUUGAUCGUUUGUUACUGUGGAUCUUUUUUGUGGCAACCACCGUGGGAUCAUUCAAGAUACUCCUCAGCUCCGAGACGAUAUUCGAGACACUGGAUCAAGCUGCCGCUCGUCAUCAGCUCUGACCAAUCACGACGCUGGACGUAGUCAGUGCAGCGCGAAACGUGUCAGUCUGAUGAUAUGGGGCAAACAGCCGCUGUGCUCGAUUACGGUUGACUCAAUUGGCCAAAGAAACUGUAUUUACAGAACCAAUCGCCACACUUUUGUGCAUUGCCUGCGUUUAAUUAAUAAAUUACCUGGAACGCAUUUUAAGAGUUUUCCCUUGAACAUUUUAAUUAACCUGGUGGUUUUUCUCUUUUUGCUCAUUGUGCGCAUCGAUUACUGUUUGUCAAAAAAUUAUUCUAUAAUCAAAAAUGGAAAUUAAAGAAGCAUG